AUGUCGGGUUGGCGUGACUUUUUAAAUAUGUUUGAUAACGAGGCGAAUCAGGGGAGUUAUGAUAACAAUCAAGAUAACAAAGCGGGCGUGUUUGAUCUGAAUGCUCUGUUCGAUCCCAGUCUUGCGUCUGAUGCAGGUCAGGAUACUUGGGGUUUGGAUGCCUUUCAGCCUAAUUAUGCUGGUUAUUAUCCAUCGCAACACCCGAUUAAUUUUGAAGCCCCUCCUGUUAGUGUUGGACCGCCGACUGAUAGUUCUCAUUCUCCUCCCAUAAGUGGUGGACCGCCCGAGGGUCCAAAUGCUGACCAGGAACCUAGUGAGUUUCAAAACAAGCAGAAAUUCGCUAGCAUGGAUGAAUUGGUAGAGUGGUGUAGAUACGUCGGAUGCGAAAAUGGCUACGCCCUCGUCACCAAACGCACCAUCUACGAUAAAUCCCCAAGCGGUCAGCCGUUAAAAAUUUGGCUUACGUGUGAUUGUGCUGGCGAGCACAAACCAACAACCACGGUCAGACGCAGCGGGACUAGGAAAACCGGUUGCAAGUUCCAACUGAUCGGGACAUACAGAAAAAGGUUAGGUUAUUGGGAUCCAAGGGUUGAGGAAGCUAAACAUAACCAUGAACCAUUUCUGUAUCCAGAGGGUCAUCCGUCCCUAAUGAGGCUGACUCGAUCGGAAGAGAGGACGGUGGAGCAAAUGACGCAUCAGAACAUAAAACCACGAGACAUUCUUGCUGCCAUUAAAGAACAGAACCCCCCCCAUAAUGUCUCAACAAGAAACACCAUAUACAACGCUCGGGCCAAAUUGGGUCGAAUGGAACAAGUCGGCGAGACUCCAAUGCAGAUACUUUUCGACCGGUUGGAGAGGGUUGGGUUUUUUUUUUUACCAUAG